AUGAAUGUCAUGUUAAAGGAUGGGAAGCUGUGUGUGACAUCCAUAUUUAGCACACACAAUCAUGGGCUCAGUCCAAGAAAAUCCAGGUUUUUCAAAUGCAAUAGAGAAGCUAAUGAGUUUGUUAGGAGGGUGUUGGAUAAUAAUGAUGAGGCUGGCAUACGGAUGAAUAAGAGUUUCCAUGCUCUUGUAACUGAGGCGGGUGGGUUUGAGAACGUACCAUUUGGAGAAAAAGAUUGUCAUAACUAUAUUGACAAGGCACAACAUCUGCGCCUUGGUAAAGGUGGUGCUCAAGUGCUGUUUGAGUAUUUUAAAAGGAUGCAAUACAAGAAUGAUAGAUUUUUCAGCCUCAUGGAAUUGGACGAUGAUGAUAGACUGAAAAGUGUGUUUUGGGCAGAUGCCCGUAGUAGAGGGGCCUACAACUACUUUGGAGAUGUGGUAACAUUCGAUACCGCAUACUUGACAAAUAAGUAUGGAAUGCCAUUAUUACAGAUCAACAUCGCACAAUGA